ACAAGGCCGUCUAAUGCGUGUCGUUGGAAGUAUUUCAGAGUUUGAUGAAGCAUUAAGAAAAUGUUCUGAAUCGGAGGAAAUCCUGGUAGUUGAAUUUUAUGCAGAUUACUGCGGACCUUGUCGUCGCAUUGCCCCGCAGUUCGAAGCUCUGUCAUCGGAGUUUCGUCAGAAAACUUUUGUUUUUAUGAAAGUGAAUACGGAAUGUUGCUCAGACCUUUGUCGACAAGAAGGAGUUUCGGCCCUACCGACUUUCAAACUUUAUCACGAUAAAACAUGUUUCGAAACAAUCGUUGGUUAGGCUAAAUUAUUUGAUAACCCGAGUUAAGGUAGCAAUCUUCCCAGGUUGAGAGAUGUUUUGCAUGAGUUCUCCUUGGACUACUCAUUAAUACAGCUCAAACUCAACAGAAAUCAACUUCAGAAAUUACGUGCAUUUGGGUGUUUGCACAAAAUAUGUGAUAAAAUUUUAAGUCAUCCCCAAGAAGAAGAGUUUCGCCGCAUUACUUUGACCAGCUUGGAUUUUAUUGAAACACUUUUGGUUGUUCCCGGAUGUAUGGACUUCUUAUUUUCUGCAGGCUUCCAGGAGGCUGAUGAUGCCUUUAUAUUGCCAGCUACUUUUGAUGUCUCUCGUCUGAAGGAGUUAUUCACCCAGCUGAAAUCUUGUUUGCCCGCUAGUUCUGUGCCAGCAGAUCAAGACAUUCUGACACUGAGAAAGUCUGAAUUAAAUUUUGUUAAUCGAUUGCUUGGAUAUCGAUCUUUUGUUGUAAACUAUAUGAAUUCGGAAUUACAGGCUCGGGCUCGAAAAUUAAUUCCCACUGAACAGCUUCUUUUAUCCGCCUCUCAAAACAAUGGUUGUUCUGUGGAUGAUGUGGAACCAAGAGAUUUUCUACGAGAGCUAUUAGUUUGGUUUAAGAGUGAAUUUUUUAAAUGGGCUGAUGACUUCACAUGCAAAACCUGUGGCGGUAAGAUGGUUGCAUUCUCAAACGACCAACCUCAACCGGAUGAAAUCAAUGAUGGCGAUGCUAGUGUAGUAGAGAUUUACAAAUGCAAAACAAAUGGAACUCAUCCAUUAUAUCGUUUUCCUCGAUAUAACCAUCCGAGAAAAUUACUUGAAACUCGUCUAGGAAGAUGUGGUGAAUGGGCUAACUGUUUCACGUUGUUUCUUGUUUCCGCUGAACGUCGCACUAAUCAACCUUGGUUUGAUUCAUGUCGACUUAUCAUGGAUUGGACAGAUCAUGUUUGGUGUGAAGUCUGGUUGAAUGAUAAAUAUACUAAUCAAAAACGUUGGGUUCACUGUGAUCCAUGUGAAGUACAAUUAGACAAACCACUAUUAUACGAAUCUGGAUGGAAUAAAAAAGUGAAUUAUAUCAUGGCCUACACAGUACCACCUCGAUUAUUACAUCAAAAAUCGGAUAACACUGAGAAUCUAUUCACUGUGGAUAUACAAGAUGUAACGUGGCGUUAUACACAGAAAUUUCGAGAAGUACAAUCCCGUCGGAAUAUGAUUAGGGAAUCCACAUUGGCGUAUAAAUUAGCCGAAAUUCACACUACUGCUAUCCGAAAUUGGUCACUUUCCAAUAAUCCAAUUAAUAUUGACCAAAAACCAUAUUGUUGGGAUUCAAUUAUUGAUGAAUUAAUAACUUUUCUCAAUCCUCCAAAAUGUGAUGGUCAACUUCCAGGUCGUCAAACUGGUUCACUGGAAUGGCGUCAAGCUCGUGGUGAACUGGGUCAAACUUCUCUGUCUGUUGAACCACCUCUUAAAGGGUCAAAGUAUAUUAUUUGUCCAUCUGAUUCGGAACUUCAUAAUGGAAUAUUUCAUGUACGUUAUAAUUCAGCUUUAAAUAUCUAUCAACGUCUUUAUCACAAUGAUGAUAACAAUGCCAAAACAGAUGUUAACUUUCAAUGUUCUACGAAUUCACCGAAAAUGUUGAAUCAAGAACCAAAUAAAUUGAUUGAAAAUGCUCGAAAAACUGGUUUAUAUGGAUGGCAAUCUAUGGUCUAUCAAUGGAGAAACAUUUUUCGAAAGGUGGAACAUGAUUGGCAUAUGGUUUAUUUGGCACGUGAAGAGGACUGUGAACCUUCAGAAGAUGGAAUAAUUAUUUGGAUGCUUGAUUUAAGAAAUACAAAUUAUCGUGUUGGAAAAGUUUCUAUAUUUACAAAUAUGGUUUGUCAUUCAACUGAAAGUCAUGCUCGUUUAGUACUGUGUUCUGGUGAAUAUCCGGCUAGUAGUAGUAGUAGUAGUGGUAAUGGUCAUGAUGAAAGUGAAAAACCGCAAUCGGCUCCUAGUUCAUGUUUAUGUCUUCACCCAGGUUCAGCAUCAUUAUUCAAUUCAGAAUCUAUGGUUGGAGCGGAUUUUUUGACUUUAAAAGCUCGUCUAUGGAGUGAUAAUGAAUCUAGUCAAAAGUCAUCUUCUGUGGCUUGGCAACAAGCUCAACUAUUUCGACAAAAGGAUAAUGAUUUCGAUACUUGGUCAUUAGAAUGGAAAGUUGAAUUAGUGAAAAUUAAUUAAUUAAUCAAACCAAAAAAACUGAAUG